UCAAAAAUUCUCUUAUGCCUAUGGGCGGCACUUAUCUGCCGUUUGGUUGUUUUUGCAUCUCCCGGUUGGCACGACUUGGUCCCCAUAUAGCAGCCAUCGGUGUUAGCGCUCGCGCUUGAUAUUUGCUAAUAGCUUGCAAGACGAUGGUGCAGACCGCAGAUGUUUACUGACGAGUAAUCUUCUUGUGUUUUGGUACAUCGAAAAACUGAUAUUUGGUGCGAAGGUCGAUCUGAAGUUGAUUUGGUAUGAAUCAGAAAUGUGGUUUGGAAAUUAGAUUAUGAACUUUAAGAAUUGUAUCUCUGCUUGUCCCCUGUUUGUUGAAAUGCCUCCGAGUAAGUUUUGUUCAGAGAUGUUAUGUCAUAAAGAUAGAUUAACUCCAUACAGUUAGUUGCAUAUUAUUAAUAGGGGAAACACAAUUUGAACAACUUUCAAAGGUUGGCAAGCGCAAUUGCAGUCUAGUUUGUUAUGAUAGAGAAACUGCGGAUGGGUAGUUUUUGCAAGAGAGACUUGGUAAGGUGCAGAGCUAUUGGGUGGCAGAUUCAGUGUAUGGAUGCUACUUUUGUCGGUUCUUCAUGUGUGAUUAAAAGAGGAAGACCUGUAGUACAAUUUCAAGCUUAUGGAUUAUGUUCUACUCCUGAACUGAUGAGGAAUGACAGUGAUAAGGGCAUCGGUAUGUCUCUGGCAAAGAGCUUAGCUUCUGUGCUUGAUGAAUCUCCUAAACCUGUUGAGAGAAGACCUCUGACUAGAAUGGAGCUCAAGAGAUUAAUUGAAUCCCUCGUAAAGAAAAGGGUAAAAGAGCAAUACAUAAAUGGGAAAUUUCAUGAUCUAUUGGCAGAAGUAAUUGCGACUCCCAAGAUUCUUCGUGAAGCUUAUGACUGUAUAAGGCUAGAUUCUAACAUUGACUUCUCUGUGAAGGGUGAUGAUAUCAAUUUUGAAUCCAUUGCAAAAGAGCUCUUAGAUGGAGGAUUUGAUGUCAAAGCAAAUACCUUCUCCAUUGCAACAAAGGGAGAAAACAAAAAAGUCUUAAGCAUUCCUAAUCUGAAGUUGAAGGUUGUUCAGGAAGCCAUUAGAAUAGUUGUGGAUGUUGUUUACAGGCCUCAUUUUUCUAAAAUUUCGCAUGGUUACAGAAGUGGAAGAGGAUGCCAUUCGGCUCUAAAGUAUAUCACGAAAGAGAUAUCUGAUCUCAGAUGGGGGUUUACGUUACAUGUGAAAAAGAAAGUUGAUGAUAGUAUUUUCACUCAACUAAUAUCAAUCAUGGAAGACAGGAUUGACGACCCUAGGUUGUAUUGUAUCCUUCGAAACAUGUUUGAUGCUGAUGUUCUGAACUUGGAAUUUGGGGGCUUCCCAAAAGGUCAGGGUCUUCCACAAGAGGGUGUCUUAGCCCCUACUCUGAUGAACAUAUAUCUUGACCAAUUCGAUCAAGAAGUGUACAGGAUACGCAUGAGGUAUGAAGCUCUUGGUGAUGUUGAUACAAAUAAAGACAAACAAAAGUCCACGUUACGCAACUGGUUCAGGAGGCAGUUGAAAGAGGAGAGCAGUAAAAACCUAGUUGAUGAGAGUUCCAGUUUAAAGUUACAUGCUUGCCGAUUCAUGGAUGAGGUUUUUGUUGCCAUUUCAGGGUCCAACGUCAAAGAUGCUGUUGAAAUCAAAUCUGAUAUGCAGAAGUAUUUGCAGAGUUCUCUUCAUCUAGACGUGGAUGUAACAGAAGUUUUACCAAUUGAUGUCCAUUGCGGAAUUCACUUUCUGGGUACUGUUGUUAGAAUAGGCGUGAAAGAGAGCCCUGCAGUGCGAGCAGUUCACAAGUUAAAGGAUAAGGUUCAACUGUUUGCAUCUCAGAAGCAAGAAAUUUGGGAUACCAUGGCUAUCCGGAUUGGAAAAAGAUCCAUUGGUCAUGGUUUGAAGAAGGUUAAAGAAUCGGAAAUUAAGCAAUUAGCUGAUGACAAUUCUAUCCUGAGCCAGAUUUCGCAUUUUCGUAAAGCUGGGAUGGAAACCGAUCAUUGGUUCAUGGUUUUAACCAAAAUUUGGAUGCAAGACUUGAAUGCCAGAGCCCAGAAUUCUGAAGAGGAAGUCUUAGCUAAGUAUAUUGCUGAACCAGCCUUGCCACAAGAACUAAGAAUAUCUUUCGACAAUUUUCAAAGACAAGCCAAAGAGUAUGUUUUAUCGGAGACUGCUACAACUCUUGCACUCUUACCUGAUUCCAUAUCAAAUCAAUCUACUACCAUCACAGAGGUUUUGGCACCAAUUGAUGUCAUUAGGAAAAAGCUUUUACUGUAUGGCCUGGUUAAUGGCGGAGGAUAUCCACGCCCUAUUGCUGCACUAAUCUUGCAAGAUAACAUUGAAAUCAUAGAUUGGUUCUCAGGUCUAGUUCGUCGUUGGCUCAAGUGGUUUAACCAUUGCACUAACUUUCUAGAAGUCAAGGCCAUUAUCAUAAACCAGGUAAGGAUGUCUUGCAUCAGAACACUCGCAGCUAAACAUCGCAUUCCUGAAUGUGACAUUGAAAAACAGUUCGAGCUAGAGCUGAGUGGAAUUCCAGUGACUGAAGAUUUUGAGCUUGAAAUGGAGGAUGAGAGGUCACAUUCUUUAGUUUUUGACGAGGAUGAAGCCUUAAAUUAUGGAAUCUCUCAUUGUGGUUUGUGUUUGCUUUCUUUAACUAGAUUGGUAAGCCCGUCAAGACCUUGUGAGUGCUUUAUUAUGGGGUGUCGGAACGCGGCACCAAGUGUGUACACUCUUAAUAUAAUGGAAAGACAAAAGUUCCCAGGUUGGAAGACGGGGUUUUCAGUGUCAAUCCACCCCAGUUUAAAUAGAAGACGAUUUGGCUUGUGCAAGCAACAUGUGAGGGAUUUAUAUAUAGGUCGAAUAUCACUUCAAUCUAUUGAUUUUGGCUCAUGGAAAUGAUGGCCUUAUGUUGAAAGCUAUCACUGGUCAAUGGUCAUUAUAAAGACACCACUGUGUGUUUACAUCAAGUACUGUCACAUCAUAGUUACACCUUGUUGCGGGAAGAAUCUGAAGAUGAUGCAAGGGCCGGCUCUCAUUUUUUGACCUCUUUACUACAUAUAUCUGUGAUAUAUGGAUGUAGCUUCAUUUGUAUAUUUGUGGUAUCGCCGAUCUUUCUUAUUUAGCCUUACAUGGGGAAUUUACUAGGUGAUCCCAGGAGAAGACGGUCGUUUAUCAGAACAUCUGAAAAAUCGGGGGUCUAAUAACCAUACCCAAUAUUUCGUUUAGGCAUCUGUAUGGACAAACUCCAAUAUAUU